AACGUCUAACUAACCAUAGAUAAAAAAAUAAGCUGCAGAGUUAGGUUAUGUCACAAACAAAUAAUUUCGUUGUAUUUAAAUUUAAAUUUCAUUCUUUUUAUUUAUUUGCUACCUCUGUUUACUCUUUUUACUCUUAGUUUUACAUUUUACAAAAUUAUUAGUGAGGUAUUUUAGAGAAACUAGUUUGAAGGUAUAUACGUAGUUAUUUGUUUUUGAGAGAUUGUGUUUGUUAAAUAUUAUACAGAAUGGCUACAGGAUUCUCCUUUGGAGCAACAACAACUCCUAGUCAGACAUUUGGUACAGGCAGUAUCACUUUUGGUACGCCAUCAAAUCAGCCACAGGCCCAAACUGGUAUAUCUUUUAGCGCAAAUCCGCCUUCUUCUGUAGCUACUUCAAAUUUAUUUGGUACACAGGCUACUGGCGCCACUAACGCCCCACUGUUUGGAACACCGUCAGCUCCAAGUUUAUUUGGAGCAAAUACCACAACUUCAGCUCCAAAUUUCGCAUUUGCAGCUCCUGCAACCCCUUCGGCUGCCAGUUUAUCAUUUCAAACUCCUAAUGUAACUGCUGCACCUGUAAAUUUAAGCUUUGGCUUACCUACACCAGCAGCAACAACUUCAGCUUUAUCCUUCGGUUUACCUGGAACAGCUGCGACUACUACAGCUACACCUACUUUGGGGCUUGGUUUUGGUGCCCCAACAACUACUUCUGCACCCCCCUUUGGAAAUUUUGGGUUAGGACUAUCAUCAGCAGUUACGACUGCUGCAGGUUUAGGCAGUAGUGCAGCGACAACGAGCACCAUACCGGCUAGUACUUCCGCAGCACCUACGGGGCUUGGUGGAAUUGCAACGACUCAAACAAAAUCUACAACGGUGACAACUCAAAAAGAAGUACCACCCAAAGACCAGCCUCUCCCCAACGAGAUCCUACAAAGCGUCGAUACUUUCAAAGCCAUGGUUAAACAGCAGAGAAAUCACAGUUCCGACAUAACGCGGUGUUCGGUGAAGGAUUUUAGGAGAGUGGAACAAGAAAUUGGUCAGCUUAAUGGUCAGAUUAACGGGAUCGAAAGUCAGUUACAGAAAAACAGACAGUUAGCUGAGAAACUAAAGUAUGACACAGCGAACACUGUACGAAAUGUAGAAAUGGCACAGCGUACGCACGAUACGCCUCCAGGGUUACAGUACGAAAACACGGCGCCCCUUAGAUUUUUCUUAGAUCUGGCAGAUCAGUUCGAGAGGGACAUGCAAAAUUUGAAAAUGCAAAUCGAAGCGGCCGAUAAAUACGUGAAGAAUAAUAAAAAUCCUGACUCUCUUACUCCGCAAGAUUUGUCUAUGGGCAUGAGGAGACUCCACGAAACAUUUGUAGCGUUAGCGGGUAGACUACAAGCGGUGCACAGCCAGGUGGAAUCGCAGAAGGAAACGUAUAUAAAUAUUCGCAAACAUUUAUUGCAAGAUGUUAGCGAUCCGUUUGAAAAACUGACAAAAGUUCCAGAGUUUCAAGUAUCGAAUAUACAGUCUAAUUUGAUAAGGUCGCCGCCUAAAGUAGCAACCGGCCCGACGCCUUUCAACAAUCUUUCGUUUGGUAACAUAAAUUCCAGUUCGCAACAAAGUAUUUCCCCUCCGGCUUAUCCAGGCCCAGGAUCUAAUCCAUCUAUAGGUGUCAGCGUACCUCUAGGUACGACUCAAUCAUCAAAUUUAUCUCUUUUUGGAUCAUCUUUUGGACAAACGCCAUUGAAUGAUACAUUUCAGUUGCAGAAACCUCCUGCUGGUAAUAAGAGGGGAAAAAUAUAGUAUUUUAUCUACAGCAAUUAAAAAAUCACCAUAUUUUAUAAAUAAUAUUUUUUCCCAUAUACAUACAUGAUAACAAUACAUAUAAAAUUAUUUGAUCUUAAAACAUAAAUAGACUGUUAAAACUUAUUUACAAAAUAAUGUACAAUAAAAAAAAAAUCAUAUUGUCUU